UCGCGUCGGGACCAGCGGGCGAGUCCGCGCAGCAAAGCGGAGCCUCCGCUUCCCGGGCGGCGCGUAACGUCCCGCCAGUGACCUCAUCGCCGAGGGGCCAGGGGGCGUGGCCUGUGACUUACGGGCGGGUCAGGGACAUGUCCCUAUCUUGUUUCUAUAACCCUCACCAUGGUUCCUUGAUACAUGCCACCGGACAUGCAGAAGUGUGGACGGACUGGAACAGCACUUCCAAGUUUAGCCAGUAUGGCUGGAGAUGCACCACCAAUGAGGAUGCUUACUCCAACAAAACCCUUAUGGGGAAUUGGAACCAGGAGCGGUAUGAUAUCCGGAAAAUCGCGCAGCCCAAACCGCUUCCUUCCCAGUAUGCUCACUACUUUGAAUCAGUUUAUUCGUCAGAUUACAACAAGGAAAGGCAUCACGGCUCAAGAAGAUUUAGACGAGAACCUCAUUGGUUUCCUGGACACCAGCCUGAGCUGGAACCCCCUCCGCUCAAACCGACUGCACGGUCCUGCUACAUGAUAGAUUACGGACCUCCUCAAGGCAGAACUCCCCUCAUUUGUGAAAUGCUGGGGAAAGAACAGGAGGGGGUGCAGCAAAAGCAAUAGGAGCAGAGAGAUGCUGUUAACCUCAGCCAUGUGGUUAGAAUGACUCCAACCUGUCUGCUGCUAAGGGACCAUCCUUCAAGUUGUAAAACAUUUCUGAUAUUAAAACACAGGGCAUCAGAGUGACAAGUAAAUGCUUUCUGAGGCUUAUGCCCUAUGGUUUGUCGCUCCCUAUGUUAUUUCUGCCUUCUGGCAUUUUAAUUUUUACCUUGUACAGAGGACUCUGACGUUUCCUUUUGUUGACCGAGUGUGGCUUGACGUGGCAUGGUACCAAGACAAAUAGUCCCGAGAGUGUUUUAAAGAUGUAACCGGGUUUCAUCAGCAAAUGGCUGCUUAUAAGUGUGACCAGUUAUUUUUCCAUAAAAUCUGAUUAAUUUAAUUUUAA